AUGCGGAAAUCAGUGGCACUAGGUCAGCAGGUGAAUGUGGACGAGCUUUUGCCGACAGCUUCAAAUAUGUACAAGUUGAAGUGGUCGUGUCUUCUGGAGGGCGAGGUUUACGAGAGGCUAAAUCGGUGUGACAGCAACCACGAGCCGCUCAGAAGAUUCGGCUUCAAUGUCAACAGCAGAGAGCUCCAUAACGUUAAUCUCGAAGAUACGCCUACUAAUGAGUUCAGGGAGAUAUUGCGUGAGUGGUGGAGUGUUCUAGAAGAGCACCGGCUCAGUGAACGUGAUUCUUCAGAAGAACCCGAACGAUUUCAAAAUGUUGACAAUGUGAGUAAUGCCAUACUAAAUCUUCAUGGUUAG